UUUUUUGCUUUUUAAAUAAUCAUUUUAACGUCUCAAUUUUUUUUUCCGAACGUGAGUUGCUAUGGCGAUAACAUUCAUCUUUAAAUAGUUAUGAUUUCCAAAUAAUUUACGUGGUCAAGGGCGAUUUAUUUUUUAUAUUUACAUGAUUAUUGUCAUGCGCAUUUUUUGCUGAAUUUAAUACCAACUGCUCGGAUAAUACGUUUGCCGAAAAACAAAAAAAACCGACAUGUUAGGAAUGUAUGCAUGUGUGUGAUCAAACUACAAAGUACAAUUUAUUGUAGUAUGCAAUGUAGAGUGUACAAGGACGUGGAUGUGCCUAAGGGUACAUAGACGAAAAUAUGCCGCUCCAUCAAUGAUUCUAUUCGGUGAAAGUGAAUUCGUAAAAGCAUAAAAAUUAAUUUAGGACAAUUACAAAAAUUUUAUUACUUGUCUUUAAAGUUCGGACAAAUAUUUCCUUUCUCUUAGGUCAAUAAGGUUACGUUUAUUCCAGUUUUUUUUUAUUAAUUCUUGUACAGAUGAAGAAAAAAUUGUCUUUUUUCCUUUUUGAAGAAAAUUAAUUUUUUCUUCAAUCAGCACAAACAGAUAUGUUUUUCUAUUCUUCUAUUCAGUGAUAAAUAGUAAUUAGUAAUGCAGUGCAAGCGUGAAAUAUUUGGACUAAAUUCAUAAAAUUGUUCAAAUUCCCGUGAUAGGUACGUGAGACAAUCACUAAUUGCGCAUGCGUUUCCGUUUCCUGGUGGUAAUUUUCGGAACUAAAUCUGCACAGUCGAUACAAUGGCGUUGUCGCCCAAAAUUACAAUUUUUGACAUUUUAAGAAAAAAUUAAACUUAAUUACGGUAUUUUGCAAUUAUUUGCGAAAAUCAAAUUAAAAAAAUAGUUUAGUUUUUUGGAAGACUGCUUGUAACACAGUAAAUAAGUUUAGUUAAAAAUUUACACUGUUAUAUGCUUUAACGCCCUUAUCGAUUUGUGCCGUUUGGUGCAUCGAGAUGUGCCUAGCACGUUUCGAGACUGCUAAAAUUUAAUCGUAAUUGUUAACUCGUGUGUUCAUCCGAAAGUGUUCGAUUUUACCUGGUUUACGUAGUAGUCCAAGUUAUAAGUGACAUUGCAAGAUUGGAAUACUAAUUUGACAGCCCUUGCAAAAACUUGUUAAUUGUGGUGACUCAUAAAUGUGGAAAUGUUUGUAAAACUUUUGUACGAUUUCAAGAUUUUUGUGAAUUUUGAAGGAAUUUCUGAAAAUAUUCAGAGUAACGCUACAAAAUUAAACAUAAGACCGACGGCUGAUUCAAGAAACGCCUUCUUAAACUUAUUGCAAAACGUAGUUUAUUAAAUGGAUGUCUUACAAAAGCAAAAUUUUCUAUAAUUUUUUUCAUCGAUCGAAUUUUAAAUCGUUAAUCUUGGAAAAUGGUGUCGAGAUUCGUAACAAAUGGUUCCGUGAAACAAGAGGGUGUAUGUUUGCUCCCUCCUGGACCACCGCAGCAUUACAGAAUGAUAACCACGCCACAAAGGACGACGGAUGCAUAUCAUGUAACAACACCGCCGACCUUUGUUGCACAACAGCCCCCCAACCAGGGCAACAACCAAGGUCCAAAUUUGAGGAGUAUGGCUCCAACGGGUCCUCCCAACAAUGCCUCCACGCCUCCUAACACUGACCUAAAAGUUCAGCAGAUGCCCCAAGCCUCCGUUAACUUAACAGCCUACAUGCCACAAACAGCGCAAGUUCGGGCAACAGGUCAAAAUUAUUACAAUAGGCCGCCACCACCCCAAAGUCAAACUAUAAGACCUAACCAUCGGCAGGGUAACCAGCCCAUAUAUCCUCAAACGCAGAUGCAGUAUCUUCCAAUUGCAAGUAUGCAACACGUUUACCCGAAUACUAAUGUUUCGUUCCAAUUUAAUCAACGUCCUACCACUGGAUACGUACAACCGUAUCCGUCCAUUCCCGCACAGGCGAUUUCUUCAUAUGCGCCCUAUCCGCAAACGCAAACACCACAGCAGAUAUACGCUUUUACGUAUCCGGCGCAGAUCGCGGUUCAAAGACAGGGUCCUCCACCUCCAGUUGCCACAGCCCCUCAAAAUCAUACACAAGCAAAUCCUUCGACAAUGGUUCUUACCCAAAAUUCACAACAAACCGGAAUGCAACAAAAAAAUCGACGAAGGGCCAAGGCUAUUCCAAUCAUCGAUCCAGACACGGGUAAAGACAAAUUAAAAGAAAUGUUCGAGCAGCAGGAACAGGACGAAUCUCACCCGGCGUCGGGAGAGUCGUCGGCGCGUCAAACGCCGCAACCAUCGGUACCAAACCCUAGCAAGGAAGUGCAGGCGACGUUUGCGAAACAAGUGGCACAAGCAAUAGGCAACGACGAAACGACGACGGCCGUUCAUCAUCAUUCUCAUCUCGAAACGUCGGAUCAUCUCUACUCCCAUUCCCACCAUCCCCAACCACCUCCCCAACAGCAGCAGCAUCAACACCAUCAACAACAGCAUAACCAAGGGCCACACCACCAACAGUCUACGACGGCUACGACGCCAACAGAAUAUGUGGGUUCUUUCCCAACUCACCACCACCAUCAUCAUCAAGCUCAGCAGCAUGCGCAUUCUCCUUCCAGUUCGACAAUGUUACAAACAAACGUUAGCAAUCAUCCUCAGGCUGUGCAAAACAAUGGCAGAAUGGAUCAAAUUGUGUUGACGAGUUCGUUGAAGGCGCAAGCAAAAGAGUUCGUAUCGCAAACUGCCAAAGAAGUGACUCCUGUGGUAUCUGCUUUAACGGAUUCCGAAGAAGUGACGAUAUCAAAACAGCCGCCCAAAGACAGGGAGAGUCCCGCGAAGGGUCGUAAGCAGCUACAGGUGCAGCGGGAACAGCAAACUAAGGAGCAACCCGCGCCGCCCAAGGACGCGUUUAUUUGCGAAAAACCACCAGCGACAGCGAGCGUUGUUAGCAAUAGUGGCAGUAAUAAUGGCAAGGAUGAAACACCAUCCAGAUCUUCGUUAUCACCACAGCAACAACAGAGGAAUGAUAUUCCCACGUGUUCAGGCGACGCUGGUGGCGUCGCAACAUCCACUCAUUAUCAGCAGCAACAGCAGCAAAAUGUACCCGUCACUGGUAACAAACAGCAUCACCAAGACGUGGAGAAGAAGAGCUCAAAGAAAGACAAAACGUCGUCUCAAGCUGUUUCUGAUCAAGAGUUGAUUGAAUCCUCCCCAGCUUUAUCAACGACCGCUUCCGUUGUUUGCCAGCUGACCUCCGAAAUUACGCCGGCUGUAAGCGGUGGUAAAUCUAAACAAAAUGCAGCGCAGAAAUCCAAAGAUAACCAAAAACAGGCUAAUCAUCAACAGCAACAGCAGGCGACUGGUGGUGGGGGUGGUUUCGUUUCAACCGCAGCAAGCAAUGCAAAUAAACCUCCACAAACAGUCACCCCAUUGCCCGUUCCGCAGUCACAACCUGCGAAGGCAAACAACAAAACGAACAAAAUGCGAGAGCUCAAUCAGAAAGGUCAACUCAAGCAGGGCUCCGAUAUGGAUGCAUUCAGUGAUGACGUUGCACACGCUGUUGUUGCCACGAAGAACAAUGCCACAUCCGAAAAUGGCAACAAAUUGCCUUUGGCAACUGUCGACCUCGUCAACACCAAUACUACUGUGAUCGUAGAGAAUAGUAAGAUAACAAACGAAAAAUUAGUUGAAAAGGCGUCAACGCCGUUGUCGGCUGCUAACAAUAAUCACGUCGCGGCGCUGCCGACGUCUACUCCCUCUCCUUCGGUACCGACGAUGCCCGCGAAAUCAAGAGUCGAUGUUACCUCCAUUGUGCCGAAUAUGGCUCCAGUACCGGUGGCUUUUACUGCACCCGUGGAUCCGACGGCGGUCCCUGCGUUAUCGCGCGAUGAAACAGAUCGCGCUACCGUCAUCGCUAAUGACAAACUUGUUCAAGCGAAAAAUAAGGCAAACAGGACUCCCCCUGUAACCAUAGACCACAAUAAUGUAAUAGAUACUAAAAAUAAUACAACAUACAAGGAAGUGCCAAUUUCUGAAGAAAAAAAAAAGGUAUAUACAUUGGAAGAUUUAUUAUCGCUAAAAAAUGCUCCGGCGAGUCGUAUGAAACCUGAAAAGUACAGGAUACCUCCUGAAUUGUUUGUUUGCGAUGAUCGAGCGAGAAUCGGUGACAUUAAUAGGUUUGCUGUGAGAAAUACUCCGGAUUUUGCUCCGCAAUUUAGUAGUGGUGCCGGUACAUAUCCCGGAAGGGGAUCUUCACAAAGAGGACCGGUGGUUAAUAAACGAGGAAGCCAAUCGGGUAAACCAAGUGGUGCCAAUAAAGGUGGCAAACAAAGUGUUAUUAAAGUGUCCAUAUCCGUUAAAGAGGACGUCAAACUCCACGAGACUGAGAAUGCAUGGAGGCCGGCUCGACUUGUUAUGGGAGCUAGUAUGACUGAAGAUGACAAAAAGACUGAACAACUGUACAGAAAAGUUCGUGGUAUAUUGAAUAAACUAACGCCGCAGAAGUUUCAAACCUUGUUGGGGCAGAUCCAGAGUUUAACAAUUGAUACAUGUGAACGAUUGCAAGGCGUCAUCGAUUUAGUGUUUGAAAAGGCUGUGGAUGAACCCAAUUUUUCCGUGGCCUACGCCCUACUCUGCAGAGAGCUUGCCCUUAUGCAGGUACCUAAUAGCGAAGAAGUUAGGAAGAAGGACGGUCAAGAAUAUGUUAAUUUUCGUAAACUUCUGGUCACCAGGUGUCAACGAGAGUUCGAGAAAAAUUCAGUUGACGAAGAGGAACGUAACUCGAAAGUUAAAGAAAUUGAAGAAUGUGCUGAUCCAGAAAAGAAAAAAGAACUCCAGUUAGAACUUGAAGAAUAUGAUAGGCGACUGAGGAUGAAGUCUGUCGGAAAUAUUCGAUUUAUAGGUGAAUUGUACAAGCAGCAAAUGUUAACUGGUAACAUAAUGGUCCGAUGUAUAUUAAACUUGCUUGAAGACAAGGACGAAGAAAGUUUAGAAUGCCUGUGCAAGCUCUUGUCGACGAUAGGCAAAGAGUUGGAGACUAAGAACGUGGACUUGAACCCUUAUUUCAACACCAUGAAGGAAAUAGUCGAUAAGAAGCACGGCAAAAUUAGUAGUCGCGUUCGUUUUAUGUUGCAAGACGUGAUCGAUUUACGAAAUGCGAAGUGGGUGCCACGAAGACAAGACAUGAAACCGAAGACAAUUGAUCAAAUUCAACAGGAAGCCGAAAGUGAACAUAUGACUAACCAGGCUCUGAAUGCUCUUCCAUUACCAAAACGUGAAGAUCGGGGUCCGAAUAUGAGUGGUUCGGUAAAAAAGAUGAGAAAUAUGACAGACGACAAUGGCUGGUCCACUGCUCGUAGUAAUCGACCCUCUUCCUUUGCCAUUUCAAGUGAUAAACUUAAAAAUAGAGUGCCACCGUUAAAUGAACCUUUAGGUCCAAGUAAUAAUUUCGAUAUGUGGAGUAAAGGUUCCGCCAUGUCGAAAGCAGGAAGUACGACUGCUACAUCUACGAAUAAUAUGUACGCUCCCUUGGAAGGUCUGGCGGAUGCUGAAAAAAGAGGUACUCGAACGAACAAAGACCUGUAUGCAACCAAAACAAGCAUGGAACGAUUUGGCAAGUUUGAUGAUGGUCGUGGUUCGAGAUCGAGUUCUCAGCAACGAUCACGUGACAGUUCGACAACAUCGCAGCGGAGUGGUGCCGGUGGUGGGAGUAGAAGCGGCGUGAUUCCUCCUCCGCAGAUGCCAUCGUUGACAAAGGGUCAAUCAGCACCACUCCCACAGACAACCCGACCUAUGCCCACGUUCGAAAUAGAAUUAACUGCAGAACAACUGGAACGUCGACUAAAGAACAUCCUAGAUGAAUACCUGAACGAGUGUUGCACGAUAUCAGAGUGUGAGGAAGAAAUCACAACUACAAUACCCAAAUCGGCGCAUUCAAACUUAGUUUCUGAUGGCUACAACAUCGUACUGGAACGGUCAAAAACUGCACGAAUAAAUACUGGGAAACUGUUUGCUCAUCUUAUACAGCGUCGAACGUUAUCUCUGGAAGACUACUGUAAAGGUUUGGAAGAUGUUUUGUCUCUUGCAGAUGAUUUGACGAUAGAUAUACCUAAAAUUUGGGACUACUUAGCUGAAAUAAUUGUUCCUUUAAUCACGGAGGAAUCGAUAACGUUCAAAGUGCUUCACAAAUGUUGCGAACUGCUAACAACUCAGGGUCAUAUGGCCGAUCUGUUAGCGCCACUGUUUCAUUUAAUUGUUCAAGAAGAAGGGGCAGCUUUCUUGCAGAAUCGAUGGCGUGAAUCAGGACUUCGACUCGAGGACUUCCUACCUGAUACCGAUAUCAAUAAAUUUGUCAGUGAUGCGAAAGUGGAAUUCUUGUUAGAUUCGAGUGGUAAUGUACCCUCGUAUAAACCGACACUUACAUGCGACGAGAUUACAGAGAAAUUAUUGUUAUUCUUCAAUGUAGACGCUUCCUUUGAUGAAGUAACAAAGUGGAUCGAGACGAAUCUGGGAGACGUGGUACAAGAAUCUUACUUCAUUAAAGCUUUGGUAACGGCAAUCUUCCAGCACUCGAUUGUGGGCAAUAAACUGAAAGACGAUAUUUUUAAGAAACACUAUGCUUAUCUACACCGGUUUGUCGUAGGCUCUUCCGAACGCGAAAUACAAUGUCUUUACGCCGUCCAGGCGCUUCUUAAUAAAAUGGAAUAUCCGCAAGGACUUCUGUUAACCAUUUUCGAAAAGCUGUAUGAAGAAAGUGUAAUACCACACGAAAGCUUCGUCUUGUGGGAGGACAGCAAGGACCCUGCUGAACAGGCAGGAAAAGGAGUGGCUCUCAAGCAACUGACGAGCUUUUUUACCAAUCUAAAGGAAGCAGACGACGAGACUGGAAGUUCGGCGUCGGAAGAGCCCUAGCGGCGUCAUGUGAUUCGCUUAUUUGUAACGUCGUCGUGACGUCGUCGAAGUCUCAUAAGAACUUUUAUAAUAUAAAUAACAGCAACAUAGUUGACAUUGUCCUGUUGUUGUAUAUCCCCGCCCCCACAUUCUUUUAGUUGUUUCGUUAACCAAGACUUUUUAAGUGAAUUUUUUUAAAGUGAUUUCUACCUUUUACGGACCGCUAGCGAAAAAUUUAUAUACAUUGUUUAUAUUAUAUAUAUUAUACAUACAAUAAUAAUCGGUAACUAUUAUACAUAUAUAUUGUAAAUAUAUGUAUAUGCGAGAAAAAAAAAAUGGAAAAAUGGUUAGGACGCGAAUCCAACAACAGCACCAAGCGUAAUCCUACGAAACUGUUUCUUCGACCGAAUCGGAAGAACUACACUAAACAAAACGUGAAGACGAGAAAUGAUUUCUGCUUUGAAAGAAGAUAAAAAAGUUAGUGAAAAAACGUCGAAUGAAAACGGUUUUAAUUAGAAAAGAAAUUGCAAGAAAGAAUAAAAACAAGUGCCCUGUGGAACGUUCAUUUUAGGUGGCGAGAAAACUGACUCAAAAAAUUGUAACAUUUAAGUGGACAGAAGUGCUAAUGUUAUUAUUGCUAUUGAUUAUUAUUUAUCUUAUCCAACGUCAAUGAAGUAGUGGGAGAAAUACCAGAAGAAUGUUACGGUAGCAACGUCCCCUCCAUUACUAAUUAUUAAUCCGCUCCCUUCACUCAGCAAAUCCCCCAAGCCAUCCACUAUUUGAUUCUGCUGCUAAUGAAAUGAUUGUUACUCUGGCGAUCAGGUUUAUAAUUAUUAUUUUCGAGAGAGUAAAAAAGUGAAAAGAAAAGUAAUUACGUUAAUGCCUUAUUUUUUAUAUACAUACAGUUUAAAGUUUUUAUUGUUUGCAGUUACGUCUGUAUAUGUAUGCGCGUCAUUCUUUUGUAGUUUUCGCUCAAUCCACACGCCUUGUCUCGUCUCCCUCUUCACAUUUUUGUCGUUUUAUUUAUUGGUGGUCUCUUGUCCUUUCGUUACGACAUAUAAGUUGUUUAUACCGUUUGUUGAUAAUUAUUUAAAUUGUUUUUUGGAAGAUGAUAAAUUGGAAAACAAAAGGAAACUACAGUUUACUGUUAUCAUGAAUGUGAAAAGAAUUUUAUUUACUUAUUGCUAUUUUUUUAUUUCGGCCCGGCUCUGAUGGUAUUCGAUGAAGUUGACAUAGUUGUAAUUUUGUAUUUGUGGUAUUUCAAACUUGCUUUUUAAUUCUACAUUAUUUUUAAAUAGUUUUAGCGACACAGUUAAAAGAGCGUUUGAUUGAUUUUUUCUUCACCUCUUUUGUAUUUUAUUGGCUACAGUAAUCGAAUGAGUUUAAUAUGUAUAUAUCUAUCUAUAUAUAUAUAUAUAUUGAAGAAAUUAAAUUUCUAAUGCGUGUAAAAUUUGGGGGUCUCUUUAAUGUUCAGUUUCCUCUGACAAAACGGUCGUCAACGCUAAAGCGUAUGCGCUGCUAGUCACAUUUAAUAAGGAAACAUUGCACGACGGAACCAAAUUUACUACUGUACAUAUGUUACUGUCUCUUUUUUUUUAUUUUAAUUCCUACCAUUGCUUCAGCCAAGUGCAUUUUCUUCUUAACGUUUUCGGAUGAUAAGAAGGAAGGCUGUUUUGGGUAUUUUGUAAAUAGUCAAAUCACGGGGUUAAUCCGGAUUAAAAAGAAUAAGUACCACUUAGAUUACAAAGAGAAAGAGAAAAAAAUGUAAAAAAACAUAUUUUUCGUUAUCUGCUGCUCGCUGUGAUGCAACUUUGCGAUUCCUGUAAACUCCUAUCCCUGAACAAAAUAAAAGCAGACGUACGUGAAUGCUACCAGAAACGAGAAAAACAAAGAAAUCGAUGAUUAUAGUGGAUUUUGGGUGGUGAACGUUGAUAUAUUUUUCCAGGAAUGCGUUGUAAAAUACGUGUACAUAUUAAAUGUAUUUUUUUUAAGACGUCGCAUGGUUUGUAUCUCCACGAGCUGGCAUCUCAUGGUAACCAGAUUAUUGAACACUUUUCGCAAUUUAGUAUCGUAUCGUCCGUUAUUAGUGCUCUAUAUAUUUGAUGAUUGAUUAUAUCAUUUCUUUUAUUACUAUUACGAUAAUAAACGAACGAGGACACAAAUGGAAUAACGAAAACAGUGCUGGUUUCUGUGCAGGUGCUUGUUAUACAUAAAUAUACCGAUCAUAGACAAUGGGCAUGUUUGAACGAAUAAUAAUUUAUAAAUAUUGGUCACAAAAUAAGAACUAAUUGUUAACAAUUCAUUAAGGAAUCGAGAAACGGAAUACAAUAAAACAAAUUACAAGACA